AUGGACCUCUGCAGUCUUUGGAUUGUUUUGUACAACCUAGGCAAAACAGUGCCAGCUUUCAAAAUACUUUCUAGUGCUACUGGGUUUACUUCUAUUUUAUUGAAGAUCACUUUCUUUGAGGACACAGACUGAGGAUGCUCCUGUGAAGCCACCAUAGACUAGCCAGACCUGAGCUCCCACUUCAACUGCUGCAACUCUACCAAGGUGGAAACUGACUGCUGGAUGAUCUAUGAAUGUCCUAAAUGCAUAGGCCAUCAGCACUUCCCGAAGAAGGGAGAAUAUCCUGACUACCAGCACUGGAUGGGCUUCAAUGACUCCAUUAGGUCUUGUUGUAUCAUCACAGCACCCCAGGAGCACAGCCGGCUGCAGAUCUAUGAGAGGAAUGACUUUGGAGGCAGGAUGUUGGAGUUCAUGGAUAGCUGCCCUUCUCUCCAGGACGACUUGCACUACAGGGACAUCCAGCCUUGUAACUUGCUUGAAGGAAGCUGCAUUUUCUACGAACAGCCACACUCCUGAGGACAGCAGUACCUCCUGAGGCCUGGCGAGUACAGGCGAUUCACCGACUGGGAUGCCAUGACUACCAAAGUUGGAUCCUUCCAACCAGCAGUGGAUAUUUCCUAA